AUGUGCACCGAGCGAAUCCCAGCACCUCCAGACACGGCUGGGACGGGUGUCAAAGCCCGGGAGGCACGUUUCCGCUGCGGCCGAUCUUCGACGCAGCGUAUCAUGCUGCACGACCAUGCUGCAGCCAUAAAGGAUACAGAUACAUUCAACACUAUGGCUAUACUAAACAAGAUCGUGGAUGCAGGGGCCCCCAUCGGUCCAAUGGCAAUUGUUGUUGUCUUCCUAGGCGCGAUCCUGACCCACCAACUGAGCCUCGUUGUCUACAACCUCUUCUUCCACCCGCUGCGCAGCAUCCCGGGGCCUCUGCUGUCCCGAGCAACGCCAUGGCCGUGGGCUCUCCGCCAGGCUGUCGGUGUCCAGGCAUUCUACACGCACCGGCAGCACGAGAAGUACGGGCCUGUGGUGCGCAUCGGGCCGAACCACCUCUCCUUCACCGACCCUAGAGCAUGGAAGGACAUCUAUGGCCACCGCACUGGGGGCGAGAAAGAUGGCUCUCACCAGCUGGAGAUGUCCAAGUCGCGCGUCACCGCGUCACCGAUUGAUGCCCUGCCCACUACGAUCGUCAACUCGGACAAGGAAGAGCAUCAGCGCCUGAGAAGGGCAAUGAGUCACGGGUUCAGCGACGCGUCCAUUCGGUCACAGGAGCCGCUGAUCAUGAAGUACGUUGACAAGCUGAUUAGCGGCCUGGAAACCCAUUGCAAAGAAGGAAAGCCGUUGAACAUUGAGGCCUGGUACAAUUGGACAACCUUUGACGUCGUCGGUGAUCUGGUCUUUGGCCUGUCGUUCGGCUGCCUUGAUAAGUUUCAGUACAAUCCCUGGGUCCACUCCAUGCUGGCUAGCAUCAAGUACGGUGCCACAAUGUCGGGCAUGAUCUAUGUGGGGUGGAAUAGGUUUGUCCAGCUGUUCUUCCGCUUUGUUGGGAGCAAGAGCAUAAAGCAGCUCAAGAAGUACACAAAUGAUAUGGUCGUCUCAAGACUUAAUCUGACCCAGGAGAGGAAUGAUUUGUUUGAAGGAAUAGUUAAGAAACAAGCUGAAUGGAAAAUGUCUUUCGAGCAGCUCUCCGCCAACGCUGAGAUCCUUGUGCUUGCCGGUAGCGAGACCACAGCAACUCUGCUGUCCGGUUGCACCUAUCUAUUGCUCACAAACCCAGACAAGAUGGAGAAGCUGAAGCAUGAGGUUCGAUCGGCAUUUGCAAGUGACAGCGAGAUCACGGCAAGCUCCGUCAACAAACUAUCAUAUAUGCUCGGAGCUCUCAAUGAGGCACUCAGGCUAUACCCGCCAGUGACAUCUAGCCUGGUGCGGGUGGUGCCCCCUGGUGGCGAUAUGAUUGCAGAUCAUUGGGUCCCCGAGGGUACCAUGGUUGAGUGCCAGCACUGGUCAAUGAACCACAGCCCGGAGAACUGGACCGAGCCCUGGGCAUUCAAGCCGGAACGGUUCCUGGAGGACGUACCAGGAGAUAAGCUGGAAGCCCUGCAAGCCUUCAGUGUUGGCCCGAGAAAUUGCAUCGGACGCAACUUGGCCUAUGUUGAGAUGCGCAUUAUCUUAGCACGCCUGAUCUACAACUUCGACCUACGACUUGCCGAGGACAGCCAUAGGUGGAUUGAAAGGCAGAGGAGUUACGCGUUGUGGGCGAGGAUACCUCUGCACUGCUACCUCACGCGCGUCAGUCCGAUACCUCGCGAACAGCCCCUUCCGACGGUCAGCGAGUGA